AGAAAGCGCGAGUCUCUAGCGUGCACAGCGAUCAUUUUCAAAGGUCAAGUCACUAAGCGGCGCCGAGUCAGACGAAGUUGCCGCAGCUCUUGUAAUUUGACAGCUGACAACUCCACUGGGGCUCUAGGCCUCAGAUACAAUGACGUAGGCCAACCACCGGCUCGUAUUCCGAACAGAUCGCACACACAUACACAAAAUAUCACACACUUUAUCAAUUGACGGCCCGGGAAAAAUGAUACUGUGCUAAUUACCUUUUGACGCACGAACCAAAGGAUAACUCAACACGAUGCGAAUUUGGCAUGGAUAGUGUUCUCGUGGCCGUCACUUCUUGAAGACUGUACAGACGUUGUCUCGAAAAAGCUACAUUAUGGCUUCUGCUACGGAGCAGCAGCAGCAGCAACAGACCACCCUGGAGUUUUAUCAGGCGAUGGCUGACUUCAAAAACAUGUUUCCACAGAUGGACGAUGAUGUGAUAGAGGCUGUGCUGAGAUCCAAUCAGGGAGCUGUGGACACCACAAUCGAUCAGUUGCUCACUAUGAGCACUGAUAACGAGAAUGAGAAGAUCAGGAGUGAGCUGGAACAGAAGGAGGAACUUCCUAACGCGACCAAAUCACCCAAAAAGGACUCUAGUAAAUCGUUAAAAAAUAUUCACAAGUGGCAACCCCCGUUGUUGGGACCAUUGCCGGACACCUUUCUAAGACUUCCCCAGCAAACAUCUGAUGAUACCUUCGACCUGGCAUAUCCACAGGAAAACUCUAUGAUGGAGGACGAGAGAAUCGCCAUGUUUCUUCAGAACGAGGAAUUCAUGGCUGAACUUCGUUGGAACGAAGAUUUCUUGUCCACGUUAGAGCAUGACUCGAAACUGGAGAAAUGCGGCGGUCAGACUGGUCAUGAUGACGAGGAUCUGUUUAAAGAAAGACUGAGAAAUAUGGGCAAAAUGUCUCGACGUAAGUUCGCGCAGCUUACGAAAGUAUUCACUCGCAGUAAAAAACGUGGCGGCAGGCAAUUGCUGCCGCCGACGGCUUCCUGCGACGAUCUCUUGGAUCCGGAGGAGUCAUCCAGACCUCAAUCCUAAGGUGAGGCACUCGUACCCACGAUCUGGUAGGAACACCCGUCUCACCUCGUCGGGGAGAUCGGAACUCGGUGAACAAAGCUUAAUGUAACUUAGAUGUCACGUCGGAAACAAGCAUAUCUAUGUCGUAACGCGACAGACGCGAUAGUCGCGCGUGGAAUCGUACGGGAUAUAAAUUAAUUAGCGAUUUAGGUUUGUGGUUCACGCAACAGUCCGGUGAUUAGCUGCACGAAGAUAACGAAAUCGCAAGGCUGAGAAUGAUCUUGUUACAUUACGGUGAGCAAAUUAGAAUACACGAUGGAGGGAGAGAAGAGAGUGGACAACAAGAUGUUUGAUUGAAUUGUGAAGAUUAUCAAAACAUUCGAUAUAUUGACGGAUACCACGUAGAAUUAUAGCGCGUUAAUCGAUAUUGAUGUAUUUCCCGGUAAGAUAGAGGGAUUUGUUUCAAUUUCGACGAGUUUGAUGUGAUAUUGUUUCGAUAGAUUUAAUAUUUUGUUGUGGCGUGUUUCUACGUUGUUUGCGAUUACUUGUGACCACUUGGAUCCGGUACGCGGCGAUCGCGUGCAUCAAGACUGGAGAGCGCGAGGGAGCUCUUAUGAGAAUCUCAUGAGACGAUUUUUACUGCGAAGUGCGUGCCUGCAUUCGCUUUGUUUGUUUUUAUUCGUUAGCAUAUGCGUAGAACUACGAGAGUAGUUGAUCGUGUUGUAUAUAUAUGUCUGUGUCUAUUGUACGCCAAUAGUGCGUUAAUGUUAUUAGGGAGGAUGAGUUUAUCGGAAAUUUAGAUGACGCAACGUCGAUUUAGAGUCGGAUCGGUCCUUUCGAGAGGUCGAACUUUUCGGAAGGUAGAGACGUCAUUUCUUCGAAAUGACAUCGAUUUGUUGAGAAAAAAGAAAAACAAAAAGUGGAUGAAAGCUCACAUCACAUUCCUAAGAAAGUUGUGUCACUCUUACAAUUUAUCAACGUUCUGUGGAAUAUUUCUGUGCUAUUUUGAUGACUUUUACUUGAUAAAAUCAGCUUCAUCGUACGGUAAAAAUCGUCAACUUGAAUACGAUUUCCGAGCGAGUCACUCUCUCGAUCGAGUGAUUCGCUCUGAAGCUCGAAGCGCCACAGAACGUUCAAAUACCACGCUCCUUCGUCCAUUCGAUUCCUUCGAUUCUGCGGUUGCGAUCAUACAUAUACACACACACAUACACACACGGUGCGGUAAUAACAUCUGUUGCACACGCCCACCUUUUUAGACAUAAUAGAUCCUAGUCACUUUGUCUAGCCAUUAUUUAUUGAACAGGAAUCUGAUAUUGUAACGAUAUAUUGUGGAUGUAGAAAAUUAUUUAUAAAAAUGACCAUAGUCUAAGUCAUUUACAGAUACAACAUGUGCUACGACGGACACAUAUGUACGAGAAUAAAUGGAAGAGAAGCCGGA